AUGACAAUGGAGGUGCUCCCUAAGGCCCUGGAAGUGGAUGAGAAAUCUCCAGAAUCCAAGGAUCUGCUGCCCAGCCAGACUGCCAGCUCCUUGUGUAUCAGUUCCAGAAGCGAGUCUGUUUGGACCACCACCCCUAGGAGCAACUGGGAAAUCUACCGGAAGCCCAUCAUCAUCAUGUCUGUGGGCAGCGCCACCCUGCUCUUUGGUGUGGCCAUCACCUGCCUGGCCUAUGUCUUGAACCUGAAUCCUAAAACCACUACAGCCCUUAAAAUGAUAGGGCCUGCCUUCCUGUCCUUAGGACUCAUGACUCUGGUGUGUGGGCUGGUGUGGGUACCCAUCAUCAAAAAGAAGCAGAAGCAGAGGCAGAAGUCAAGUUUCUUCCAGAGCCUCAAGUUUUUCAUCCUGAAUCGCUGA